GGCUCAGCGUUGUGUAGACCUGGCGCAGAGUCGGGCGCGGAGUGGAAGCGGUGUGGCCGCGGCCAAGGGUGGUGUGUCACCAUGGAUGUCAGAUCGCAGGAGCAGGUCACAGGGACGCGGAUGUCAUGGAACAUUUGGCCCAGCACCAGGUUGGAUGCAACUCGCAUCAUUGUGCCGCUGGGCUGCCUGUACACCCCGCUCAAGGAGACGGAAGGCCUGCAGCUGGUGGAGUACGAGCCGGUGAUCUGCAAGGGGCGAGAUUGCGGAGCAGUGCUCAAUCCUUUUUGCUACGUGGACUUCCACUCCAAGAGUUGGACGUGCCCAUUCUGCCACCAGCGCAAUCGUUUUCCUCAGCAUUAUGCGGACCACAUCACAGAGACCAACUUGCCCGCUGAGUUGCUGCAAAUGUGCUGCACCAUUGAGUACAUCAUCCCGCAGGUUGUUUGCCAGCCGCCGGUUUUUCUGAUAGUUUUGGACAUCGCCCUCAUUGAGGAGGAGCUGGAUCAGGCGAAGGACUCGCUGCAGCAGUCCCUGGCGAUGAUGCCGCAGAACGCCUUGGUGGGCUUCAUAACCUUUGGCGCGAUGUGCUAUGUGCAUGAGCUGGCCUCCACAACGCUGCCCAAGGCCUACGCCUUCAGGGGUGGCAAGGAGUAUACAGCCCAGCAGGUGGCCUACCAGCUUGGCUUCGCCCUGAAGAACGACCCCAGGGGCACCAUGGGCGCGCAAGCAGCCAGGAGAUUUUUGCUGCCUGUGGCGGAGUGCGAGUUCACGCUGAACUCGCUGCUGGACGACCUCUCCCGGGAUGCUUGGCCUCCGGGCGGCCACGACCGCCGGCCAUUUAGGUGCACGGGGGCCGCGCUGAGUGUGGCCCUGGGCCUGGUGGAGGCCACCUGCCCGCAGAGCAGCGUCCGCAUCUCAUUGCUGGUGGGUGGGCCCUGCAACGUGGGCCCGGGCAUGGUCGUGGGCGAGGAGCUUGCCGAAGCCAUCCGUUCCCAUCUAGACCUCCAGAAGGAGACGCCCAACGCCAAGUACACGAAGAAGGCGCUGAAGUUCUAUGCUUCGCUGGCCUCAAGGGCCGUAGCGUGCGGCUUCGCGAUUGACAUCUUUGCCUGCUCUCUGGACCAGGUUGGCCUCUACGAGAUGAAGGUUGUCUCGGACAAGACAGGCGGCUUCAUGGUGAUGAGCGACUCCUUCAGCAUGCACGUGUUCAAGGACUCCUUCCGAAAGGUCUUCGAGCCUGACGAGACUGGAUACUUGAAGCUGGGCUUCAACGCCAAGAUCGAGGUGUUUACCUCCAGAGAGUUCAAGUGCUGCGGCGCCGUGGGCGGCCUGUCGUCGCUGGGAAAGAAGGGCCCCUGCGUGGCGGAGACGGAGAUCGGGGAGGGGAACACCUGCCAGUGGGUAGUGGGAUCCCUUGACCGCAACACGAGCAUCGGCUUCUACUUCGACAUCGCCAACCAGCAGGCCAACUCUGUGCCGCAGGGCAAGCAAGCCUUCUUGCAGUUUCAGACUUGCUACCUCCAUCCUUCUGGCAGGAAGCGCUUGCGAGUAACCACGGUGUCACAUCGAUUCACAGAUGCCCAGAUGAGUGACAUCCAGCAAGGCUUCGACCAGGAGGCCGCUGCCGUGCUCAUGGCGCGGUAUGCCGUGUUCAAGUGCGAGAACGAGGACCCCUUGGAUGUGCUGCGCUGGGUCGAUCGGAUGCUGAUCCGCCUGGUGUCGAAGUUCGCGGACUAUCGCAAGGACGAUCCAUCCAGCUUCCACCUGAGCCCCGAGAUGUCAAUCUUCCCGCAGUUCAUGUAUCACUUGCGGCGUAGCAACUUCUUGCAAACCUUCAAUGCGAGCCCUGAUGAGACCGCCUACUAUCGCAUGCUGAUCCUUCGAGAGAACACCAUGAACUCGCUGGUCAUGAUCCAGCCUGCACUCUUGCAGUACUCCUUCGACGAAGGGCCGCCGCAGCCGGUGUUGCUGGAUGCCACCUCUUUGAGGCCGAACGUGAUCCUGCUGCUAGAUGCCUUCUUCCAUGUGGUGAUUUGGCGCGGUGAGAUGAUCCAAGCUUGGUACGAUGCCGGCUACCAGGAGAAGGAGGAGUACGCCAAUUUCAAGGCGCUGCUGACGGCGCCUGCAGAGGAUGCCAAGCACAUCCUCUCGGAUCGAUUUCCUGUGCCCAAGUUCAUCCAGACCAACGCGGGGGGAUCUCAGGCGCGCUUCUUGACCUCCAAGGUGAAUCCAUCCCAGACGCACAACUCUGGUGGGGCAGGCGCCCCGUACCAGGGGCAAUCAGACUCCUCCGUGGUCAUCACUGACGAUGUGUCUCUGAAAGUGUUCAUGGAGCACCUCAUCAGGUUGGCGGUUCAGUCCUGAAGGGCCCUGAGCAAAGCUUUGAGCGAUUGCCGAGCGCGUUGUAAUGCAGCACGCUUGCUCGGCGCAAUUUGGUAGCGUGUUGGGGGAUCUGGCCGGCUGGCCGACUCCAAGCCAAGUGAACAUCGAGUGCCCCCAAGAAACUCCAGGAAAGC